AUCGCACUUGCCGAAACAGGAAGCGCAUCGGGGUCGGUGGCACAAGAUUCGAACGUCUUAUGAACAAGGCGCACACUGCUUGGUCCUCAUCCACCUUCUCCUCUACUCCCUCUCCCGUCUCUCGCAGCGAGAACCGCAACUUAUGUCUUUCUUUGGCGCGCCUAGCUCGUCGACCGCCGCCGCCGCCGCGACGGGUGGCGAGAAGGACAUCGAAGUCGCCGACCCGCCCACGGACUCAAUCUCUUGCCUUUCUUUCUCCAGCCAGGCUGAUUACCUCGCGGUUGGAAGCUGGAACAAUGAGGUUCGGAUAUACGAAGUCGGUCCGAGUGGACAAACGCAGGGUAAAGCUAUGUACACGCAUCAAGGGCCCGUGCUGAGUGUCUGCUGGAACAAGGAUGGCACCAAAAUUCUCUCGGGGGGCGCAGACAAUGCAGGGCGCAUGUUCGACGUUACGACGGGCCAGUCAUCCCAAGUGGCGCAACACGACGCGCCCGUCAAGUGUGUACGCUGGAUCGAGUCGCCACAAGGUGGCGUCCUCGUCACUGGCAGUUGGGAUAAGACGGUGAAGUACUGGGACCUUCGGACCCAGAACCCUGUCACCACAGUGCAGCUAGCUGAGAGAUGCUACACGCUUGAUGUCUCUUACCCCCUCAUGGUCGUCGGCACGGCGGAGCGCCACAUCCAAAUCUUCAACCUCACGAACCCGACAACACCGUUUAAGACUAUGCUCUCGCCACUGAAGUGGCAAACCAGGGUGGUAUCAUGCUUCCCGGCGGCCAACGGAUUUGCUGUUGGUAGUGUAGAGGGCCGUGUGGCGAUCCAAUAUGUCGAAGACAAAGACGCCUCGAACAACUUCUCGUUCAAAUGUCAUCGCAAGGACGCAAACCCAGCAAACAAGGACCAGUCGCUUGUCUAUGCUGUGAACGACAUCACCUUCCAUCCUGUCCACGGAACGUUCUCUACAUGCGGAUCUGACGGCACAAUCAACUUCUGGGACAAGGAUGCGCGAACUCGUCUCAAGACCUUCGACCCUGCUCCGGGCCCGGUGCCUGCGACUGGCUUUAACCGGACGGGCUCUAUAUUCGCCUAUGCGGUUUCGUACGACUGGUCGAAGGGACACUCCGGUAUGACGCAGGGACAUCCGAACAAGAUCAUGCUGCACGCAUGUAAAGACGACGAGGUGAAGAGAAAGCCCACGAAGCGGUAGAACGAUAGGGGAGUCGGUGAUGGGCGGAGGAAGGCAAUCAGUGAUACGCACAUUAGCGUCAUCCAUCGUGUUCUCGUAUGUAGUAUUUGACGUCUGCAAUUGCAUCUUUCUUGCUUCUCCGGAUGUACUGUCUGUUGUCUUUAUACGACGUAUCGUAGGCCGGAGCAGUGAUAUAACAGCGUAAAUUAAACGUGCAUGCGGAGUAAAGUAAAAGGGGCGUCAUUUGGUCAUGGUGCGGUCUCGGCACAG